AUGGCUGCGAGGGCGAUAGAACCCGCUGCUGAGAAAAGAUCUUACAAGGUUGCAUUGAUUACCGGGAUUACAGGACAGGUAAACAAGUUUUAUCGUCACUUCUUUGCUUGUAGGAUGGAUCAUACCUUGCAGAACUCCUGCUAUCAAAAGGUUCAUGGCAUUAUACGUCGGUCCAGUUCUUUUAAUACACAUAGAGUGAAUCAUUUGUAUCAGGAUCCAGUGGAGUAUGGAGAUAAACAAACAUUCUUUCUACAUUAUGGCGAUAUGACAGAUAGCUCUAACCUUUCUCAUCUGAUGUCGAAAAUAAGACCAGAUGAAGUGUACAACCUUGCAGCCCAGUCUCACGUCCAAGUGUCCUUCGAAUUAAGUGAAUAUACAGGUGAUGUCGUUGGCAUUGGCACCACCCGCCUUCUUGAAGCUAUAAGGUCAGCUGGGUUGGAGAAGACAGUUAGGUUCUACCAAGCCUCAACUAGUGAACUUUAUGGAAAAGUAAUGGAAAUUCCCCAAACUGAAAAGACGCCAUUCUAUCCGCGUUCCCCUUACAGUGCUGCAAAGUUGUACGCUUACUGGAUUGUUGUUAAUUACCGCGAAUCGUACAACAUGUUUGCUUGUAACGGAAUUCUGUUUAACCAUGAAAGCCCUCGACGCGGGGAGACCUUCGUUACUCGAAAAAUCACCAGGGCUGUCGCACGCAUCAAGCACGGGAAACAGCAAUUAGUAGAAUUGGGCAACUUGAACGCUGAACGCGAUUGGGGCUAUGCAGAAGAUUACGUUUACGCCAUGUGGCUAAUGUUGCAGCAGGAGAAGCCGAUGGACCUCGUUAUUUCUUCAGGAGAAAAGCACAGUGUUCGCGAGUUCGCUACAAAGGCAUUCGCUCGUGCUGGCAUUGAUAUAGUGUGGGAGGGUCAAGGACUUAACGAGGUUGGAAGAGAUAAAGCUACGGGAAUAAUCCGAGUGCGCGUCAACCCCACAUACUUCAGACCUACAGAAGUGGAGCUUCUAAUCGGAGACUGUUCGAAGGCGCAGAGAGAACUCAAAUGGGUUAGGAAGACGGAUUUUGAUUCUCUAGUCAACUUAAUGGUGGAUGCUGAUAUGGCGCUGGUUAUGAAAUCAAAGUGA